GCGGAACCAGGCGGAAAUCCCAUACGGCAGGAGUAUUCUAUAUAUGGCCUUGAGUAUUCUUCAUUUUUAGGAGUUAUGUGUCGCCUGGUUACGAUAUUGAUAUAUACACAGUUCAUAUAGAUGUAAAGGGCAUUUCGCCGAAUUCCUGCGACCCAGAGGAUCGAGAGUAUCUAAGGUUUAGACCCAGAGACAGGUCCAGAAGUUUCACUUGCCAAUGGAAAUAACUGUGAUUAUGAACAGGACCAAGCUUGUAUGAUGCUUGCAAUUCUGUGAUAUUUGAAGCAUCAAAGACUAAGAGCUUUAUGCAGGUUGUUGCCUGUUAGCAGUUGAAGAUAGAAGAUAUUUGUAUGUAUAUACUGAAGUGACUUGGCGAGUGGAGGUCAAGAUGUCUCUGACCCUUGCAGAAAAGAAAGAAUUUGUCAAGCUUGUGUGUCUGUGCCUUCUGUGGUAUGCCAUAAGCUCAGUGAAUAAUGUUGUCGGGAAAACGCUGUUGAACUACUUCCCAUACCCAAACACCCUGAGCAUGGUCCAGCUUCUCUCAAUCACAGUGUAUUCUGAACCAAUAUUACGGUGUCUCAGAAUAAGGCCACACUCUGAUAUGAGCUGGAGCUACUAUGUAUCAGUCAUUGUUCCCCUGGCCACCGGGAAAUUCCUGGCCGUUUUGUUUUCUCACAUAAGUAUAUGGAAAGUACCACUUUCAUAUGCACACACAGUGAAGGCAAUGAUGCCUAUAUUUACUGUUAUCUUUGGAAGAGUGCUGUUAGGAGAGCGGCAAACUUUUUCGGUGUACUGUUCUCUUAUUCCGAUCGUGGUCGGGGUCGGUAUCGCCACCAUCACGGAGCUGUCGUUCGACAUCAUCGGUCUGCUCAGCGCCCUCACCUCCAUCGCAGUCUACUCGGUCAUGCAGCUGUUCUCCAAAAAGACGAUGAAGGACACGGGUAUCCAUCACCUUCGGCUGCUUCUGGUGCUCGGUAGGCUGGCCUUCUUCAUGUUUCUGCCCUUCUGGGUGAUGUUCGAUCUCAGAAAGCUGAUGGUCGCCGAUGACCUGGUGCGCGGUGACAGCGUGUUCUUCACGCUGAUGCUGCUGGCGACGGACGGCUUCCUGAACUGGAUGCAGAACCUGGUGGCGUUCACGGUGCUGCACCUGGUGACGCCGCUGACGUACGCCGUCUGUAACGCCACCAAGCGUGUGUCGGUCAUCAGCGCCAGCCUGCUGUUCAUGAGAAACCCGGUCACGGUCACAAACGUGGCCGGUAUGCUGCUGGCCAUCGCAGGCGUGUUCAUGUACAACAAGGCUAAAUACGAGGCGAACCUGCGGCGACGUCAGGAGGCGAUUCUGCCGAUGGUCACCAAGGGUAACCCGCUGCUACACGGGGGCACCAUGGGCAUCGACUGGGCCGACAAGAUCAGUCCCGUCUACCAGCCGCUGCACCAUGUCAACCACCACGGUCACGGACACGCCAACGGAUACAGCAACGGGUUCGCGCGCACGGUGAUGGCCGCCUAAGGGGCCGGCCGGCUGCCGGUGGGGCACAGAGUCCGGACUGGAUGCCGUCGGUGGUCGUUUGUGACUGAGCAGUGGCGUCCUGUGUGCUCCCGGCGGGCUGCUGGGAGGCUGCCUGUGGUGUGUGAUCGGCGGGCUGCCGGGAGGCCGCCUGUGAAGUGCGGUCGGUGAGGGGGCUCUCUGGAGCUGGACACUGUGAUAGUCGAGUGUGGGUGACGCCAGCCUGGGGCGGCUCGCCGAGGGUCCCUGCCCUCCUUGCGAGCACGCGAGCACGUCUGGCGGUCUGGACACGCUGAGUGGCUUAGGGUCGCCCUCUGCGCCGCCGCGAGGGAAGCCCGAUAAGUUUCGACCGCGGGCGCUCCGACUGGGUGCCGUGCAGCAUGGUGACAUGACAGUGCCGUGGGUGCCUACUGACCAGGUACGUUUCAACGGCAAUGUGCUUGGCGAGGUCCGACCUGCCUACUUAGUUUUGUGUGUGCGGUUAUUGGGCUUGUAGUUAAGUCGUUUCAUGGUUUUGUUUCCGAGUUUGUGAAUCAUCAUUUUCGUGUGGUUAUGGGUUAUUCUAGUGAGAGCUAUGGAAGCUGUCUUUUGAUCCUUUAAGCUGUCGUGCCAGCCUCCAAUUUAUUGCAACUUUCCGAUACAUGUCAAGGCUCGAUUUUCAAUGGCCCGCGUUGUGUGAAGUCUGUUGUCAUCUAUUCAGUAUUUUAUUUAUGGAGACACGCUAUUAUUAAUCUUAUUUUUGUACGUAUUUAUUCGCAUAUUUAUUUUUCAGCUUUUCCAAUUCACAUAUCAACAUGAUAGUGGCCAAAACUAUUUAUAGAAAUGGAGUAGAAAUGAAGAUAUGUAUAACUAAAAUUUUCAGUGGUAAAAGAAUUAUUGAUUUGUCAUCCAAUGUAACGAUAUUGGUUUUGAUCGUAGACCCAAUGCUUACACAUGGAGGAUGAUCUUACUUAACCCUCGCAUGUGUAGGGGGGGGGGUCGGAUGGACCCCCCCCCCCCAUGGUUUUUCGCGAAUAACUCGCGUAAAAAGCGGCCGAUCGCGACGAAACUUUCAGUACCCUCGCAUUGAUCAAUUUUACACCUACCCUGAAAAUUUCAUGACCCUGACCCAAAUGACCUUUGACCUGUGACCUCUUUUCCGAGACCAUGUUUGGCCGUAAUCGCGAUUUCGCGUAUGUCGGCUCGCACUAGCCGCGUGUUUGCAAGCUUUUCGUGGUUUCAAACGUUCAAACAUGUGAUUUGAUGUUACUCCCGUGUGUGUCAAGGUCACCUGAAGGUCAGGUCAGGUCAUUGACCUUUGGUGACCUCGGGUGACCUCGGGUCACUUUUUCGAGUUUUACAUGUUUCUAGGCUAGUUUUUGGAGCUGAAUUCGAAUUUAGCAACCAUUUGAACAUUUACGAAGUAGUUUUGGUGACUUCGUAACAUGUUACGAAGCUGUCAGAGGCGGUUGACACGUACUACGAAUACCCGUCACGACGCCUACUGGUUGACCUGACCUGACCUGACCCGACCUGGUCUAAAUGCUUCAAGACAUCAUCUGUGAUCAAAACUAACACGAUAUUCGUGAUCAGCACCCCGAAAAACCCCUUAGAAGCCACACUUUACGACUUUCUAACAGGUCCCGAUUUUCCCGACUUUGGGUCAUUGACCUGACCUGGAAGGUCAACCAAUGACCUAGGACCUUAAAAUUGGGUAUCAUCGGCUUCCUCUCGUCACGGGCAACACGCUCGUUUUUUCCGCGAAGCUCUAGCUCGAUCAGGGGCCAAACGGCAAGGGGGGGGGGGGGUCCAACCGACCCCCCCCCCCCCCUACACAUUAGAAGCUGGAAAACGCCGCACACAUGCGAGGGUUAAUAGUCUAGCUUUAUUUAUUUAGUUUUAGUGGGGUAAUGAUAUAAUUUCUCCAUAUUCUAUGACAUGUGUGUCAUACUUGACUACUAUGUACCAAUUAUGGCCCUCGUUUUGAUGGCACCUGCCGCUAUCGUAACCAAACAUUACCAAUCGUUUGUCUAUUUUCCGAUCGACUUCCAUGACUUUUCUUCGUAUCCGCUGAGCCGACCGGCCGAUGCCGUGUGCGGGUUCAGUGGUACUAGUACCUGUGUGGGGAACUGGCCCGGUCUGUCCAGCGGCCGUGUGCCCGCCGCUGGGCGUCUUUCGGUGGAUGUUCCCGGUCCUUGCCGACGAGAGGGGUCCACUAGGAGUCACCCGAGGGUGACCUGUGAUGCGCGUGUUCCUGUCUGACGGUUUGGUGAUAGGCACCGCGUAGCAUUGUGAACGUGACUGUAGGACUGGCAGAGCAACGAAAAUUAUUCUUUUGAUUGCUGGCGCCUUGUGCGUUUGCUGUAGAUGUGCUGUUCUUUCUAUACAAAAUGCCCAUGAUCGGCGACGACCGUUUGGCGCGAAAUGUUCUAUUUUAUGCGCUGUUACGUGGCGUAUUGUGUGCUACAUGAAGAAUUUGUCUAUUUUUCCACUGUUUUAACUAGCCAAAGCCGCGCGUCACCUAGGCGUCUCGCCAUCCUUUUCCCGAUGACGGGCAAUCAGCUGUACAUACUAGCAGUGCGUUCAAGUGUGAUAGCAGUGCGUCAAGGGCUCAAAUAUGUCUCGGUCUCCGAUAUGGUUGCUGUUGGAACUGAGCGUGGGGCCCUCUGGGAUGAUAUUGAUCGGAUUGGUACCGACUGAGCCUCUUUAUCGGCUGAUAGUGUUGGAACGUGUCUAUGACGAUCCAUAUUUUCCUAAAGCUAUUUGAUCUAUGUAAAUCGUUCUAUGGUGGUGUUUUCAGCCUAUGAACAAUAUGAACACAUGUUGACGGUCUAUAAACGUUUCAUGUCAUGGUA